AUUUCUUGCAAAGAUAUUUUAACAAAAAAGCAUCUCCAUACGUUUCUCUCUCUAAAGAUUUCCACCAGUUUCAACACUUUUUUUUGUUUGAUAGAUUUCUCUCUCUAUAUAUCCAUGGUUUAAUCGAAUUCGUUUCUCUUUGUAGACUCUGUACCUGCAUACAAAAAUCUGUGGAGGUACAGGAGUUUUACUAGAGUCCAUUGUUGAGAAUUCCGCUCGCAUGGAUCGGGAGGGAGGAUCCAGCGGAUCUUGCUACUACUCCAUUCUAGGGAUUCGCAGCGAUGCCUCCUCCUCGGAUAUUCGCUCAGCUUAUCGCAAGCUCGCUCUGAAGUGGCACCCGGACAGGUGGGCCAAAAACCCGACGGUGGCCGGAGAAGCGAAGCGGCGGUUCCAGAAAAUCCAGGAGGCUUAUUCAGUGCUCUCCGAUCAAGGGAAGCGGUCAAUGUACGACGCUGGAUUCCUUGAUCUGCUUGAAGAAGACGAAGGAAUGGGUGAUUUCCUGCAUGAUUUGAUAAACAUGAUGGACCAAAAUGUUGGGACCCAGGAGGAGGAAAGUCUUGAGGAUUUGCAGAGGACAUUUGUGGAGAUGUUUGGCCGAGAUUUAGUGAACAUGAUGGACAAUGAAGAUCCAAUGGUGAAGAAGAGACCACGGGAUUCAGGACCUAGCUUGAGGACAGCUCAAAACCGUACUUGUAAUGUCAAUGGCAAUGGCACCUCUUACCACUGUUAGUAAUAAAUUGGGCUUAUCCACCACCACUUGUAUUAUCUUUCCUGAUGUGUUGUACUUAAUUGGUAAGGAGGGUGGAUGUACUUGAUUUAGGAGGCAGAUUAGAUUUUUCCUAAAGGAAAAAAAAGAGAAGACAUUCUAAGUUAUUCAGUGCCUCAGUGGCAUUAGAGAUUUGGAAACUUUGUGGAAAAAAUUACUUCUUUGCAGUAAUAAAAUCUCAUUCUUAAAUGAUGUUUUCAA